AUGGUCCCUCGAACACUCCUGGCCACGGCCGCCAUGGCCGCUGGCGUCCUGGGUCAGCAAUCCACCACAUACACCGAUGACAAGUCCGGCAUCAAGUUCUCGUACUACGAGAAGACUGGCUGGGGUUUCGGUCUGGCUCUCCCCGAGAACCCUGAGGCGGGCGGUGACUUCAUCGGUAUCCUGCAGUCCAACACAGUCGAGGGUUACGCUGCCGUCUCCCUGGGUGGUCCCAUGGCCAACUCCCUGCUCGUCUGCGCGUGGGCCGACGGCGACAAGAUGGUCGGCUCUCUGCGCAAGGCCACUGGCUACACCAACCCCAGCCCGGUCACCGACGACUCGAUGGGCAUGUACGAGAUCUCCAAGGGCACUGCCGUGAACUCCACCGGCUGGCAAUACACCUUCCUCUGCAAGGGGUGUAUCACAAACGACACUGCUUCCUUCACCAUCAACGAGGAGGCUGAUGUCUUCGGAUACGCCCUGUCAAAGACUGCCCUGACCGACACCAGCGACGCCUCGGCGACUCUCAACUACCACGGCGCUGCGUUCGGUGAGUACAGCCACAGCCUGGCUGACGCCAAGUCUGCCGACUACGAGACCUGGGCUGCUCUGGCCUCCAAGACCGAGAGCGGUUCGUCAACCGGUGGCGCGAGCAACUCCACCACUGGUGGCAGCGCUCAGAACGUCACCACCACCACCAGCAACUCCACCUACGACUACAUCGUGGCCGGCGGCGGUGCGGCUGGUCUGGUCGUCGCUGAGCGUCUCGUUGAGUCUGGUGCCUCUGUCCUCCUCCUUGAGCGUGGUGGUGCCUCCACCUACUCCACUGGGGGUGAUGCUACCGUCUCUUACAACGACACCAUCACCCAGUACGACGUUCCCGCCAUGGCCUACUACCUCAGCUCGGCCAGUGAGACUUCCGAGUACUGCCUCGACACCGCUUCCAUGGCCGGCUGCCUCCUCGGUGGUUCCACCAUGGUCAACGCUCUGAUGUUCGUUAAGCCUGCGGCACACGACUUUGACGACAAGUGGCCCACGGGCUGGAAGUGGUCUGACGUGUCCUCCUCCGCCGAUGCUUUCUACGAGCGCAGCCCUGGUUACAUCCUCGAGAACGGCACUGGUGUCGACAUGGACGCCUUCACCGUCAUGUCCGGCUUCCUUGAGAAGCAGGGCUGGUCGCACACCAACGCUCUCGAGAACCCCGACGACAAGCAGAAGGUCUUCUCGCACCCUCCUUGGUUGAUUCAGGACGGUCUCCGUGGCGGCCCUAUCCGCUCGUACCUUCCCCUGGCCCAGGCCAAGAACAACUUCAAGCUGUCCCUGAACACCAAGCUCGUCCGUGUCAUCCGCGAGGGCUCCGCCGCCACUGGUGUCGAGGUUGAGCUGUCCAACGGCAACCGCCAGAUCAUCAACCUCACCUCCAGCGGCAAGAUCCAGACCGUCAAGAGCGGCUCCGUCAAGGUCACCCUGCCCGAGGAGGCUGACUGGAUCGAGCUCCCCGUCGGCGAGAACCUGCAGGACCACCCCAUCUUCACCGUCAGCCUGAACGUCAAGGACGGCCUGUCCGCGCUGCCCAGCACCGCCUUCACCGCCCCCAACACGACGGUCGUCUCCGACUUCAACACCAAGUCCGCGGGUCUGCUCGCCCAGGCCGGCCAGCGUAUCAACAUCUGGAACACUGUUGAGUCCGACGACGGCGCGACCUACUACGUCCAGGGAACCAUCAACGCCCCCUCGGCCAACACCAUCAAGAUCAAGGUCUACCUGACGCACGGCAUCACCUCCACCGGCGUCCUGGGCAUCACCUCGUCGGGCUCGACCGAGAUCACCACGCAGCCCUACCUCACGUCGACGGGCGACAAGAGCGCCAUCACCAACUUCAUGAAGCAGCUCAUCGAGAUGGUCAACAGCGCCGACUCCCCCUUCACCCUCAACUCGACCGCCGAGGCCCUCAUCGCCGAGGACAACAUGACCACCGGCUCGCACUUUGUCGGCACCGCCCGCAUGGGCGCCUCCAACGACGGCAAGUCCGUCGUCGACACCAACACAAAGGUCUGGGGCACCGACAACAUCUACGUCGUCGACGCCUCCAUGCACCCCGACCUGCCCACGGGCAACACCCAGGCCAUCGUCAUGGUCGCCGCCGAGCACGCCGCCAAGGCCAUCCUCGCCGACUCCACGGGCGCCUCCACCUCGAGCAACGCCAGCUCCAGCUCCGGCUCCGGCUCCUCGGCCGGCAGCGCCAGCGCCAGCGCGCCCGCCGCCACCGGCGCCUCGGGCUCCGGCUCCUCCUGCAAGCGCAGGCGCGCUGCCGCCAGGCAGCUGUAA